CGUAAUGGAAAGAAAACUAGAAGGAAAAAAAUGAAAACUAUACAAAAAUAAAAAGGAAAAAAAUUAGGGUUGGGGGGAUGAAUCAUCCCUGAUAAUCGAAGGGUUAUGAUGUAUCAUUCAGCGAUGCAGAGCCUCUUUCGAUAUAAUUAAUUACAGACACGAACGACGCAAAACAUAUUAUAGGGAAAAAAAGAUCGCACCUCUUCACCAGUUUGAAUGUCUCAUAUAUUUAAACUGUCUAGAAACUAAAAGUACUGCACCACCGCCAUAAAAAUAUAAGAAACCCUCAUGUAUUCUUCUACUUCUUCUUCGUCGUUUUCGGCUUUCACAGACCUUCCUUCAUCUAUUGUGGGUGUAACACGUGAGGAGUACUAUGCUUUUCACAAAAUAGACAGGACCUUAUUCAGUCGUCUUGUCUUUGAUCUUAACCGAGACACGAACCAAACGUCUCAAGUGAUUGCUUUUCUCUUCUUGCUCGAGCAAAUCGAGUACGCUCGAAACCUAACACCGUUUCUCGUCGAAUUAUCAGACGCAUUCAUCGAUGCGGUGGCCAACGAAGUCGAUGUGUGUCUAAGUAUCUUACACAACCUAGAUUAUUCAACGCUCUUCGUUGCCAACAACGAUGAUGGUUCGGUUAUACCUUUGCUCUUGCGUUUGACUGGAGGCAGGCUUACUCUCAGAUACGUCCAUCAACACCGCGAAACUCUCCUCCUUGGUGUGAUAAAGAAUAUGAAUGAUAUCUGCAGCCGAGCUUUUGAUGACUUAUGCGUGAAGGGAGAGAUGUAUAAGGAGCAAUUGUUGGCGGCGUUAGAGAGGGAGAAAGUUAUCGAGGAGAUGAGCAACAUCAGGUUAAGUGUUCAACAAGAAUCCCCUAAUAGGUUUAAUGUUCCACAGGGAAUCUCUACUCCGCUAAGGGUUCAACAACAAACCCCUAUUAGGUUGAGUGUUCCACAAGGAAUCCGUAAUAGGCAGAGCGUUCAACAAAGAAUCCCUACUAGGCAGAGUGUUCAACAUCAAAGUCCUAUUAGGUCAAGUGUUCAACAAGGAAUCCCUGCUAGGCAGAGUGCGCAACAUCAAACUCCUAUGAGGUUUCAACAAGUAACCUCAAGUGUUCAACAAGAAAGCACUCCUGCUCCUACUACAACUCUUCCUGUUGAAGAAGAAACAAACAAGACCGUCGCGGAGGAGGCGGAGAGCGAGGAAGUGGUGGUACUGGCGGAUGAUAGGACUGUUUUUCUGACCUUUUCGAAAGGAUAUCCCAUUUCGGAGUCAGAGGUUAUGGUUUACUUUACAAGGAUAUUUGGGGAAGUGAUAGAAACGAUACUGAUGCAAGAGGUGGAAGAGAAUGAGCAACCGUUGUUUGCGAGGAUGGUGUUGAAGAUGGAAUGUGCAUCGAAGAUGGAUGAUAUUGUGGGUCCAGGGAAUAAAAGAAAAUUCACUAUUGAUGGCAAACAUGUUUGGGCUCGUAAAUACGUUCGCAAGAAUCCUAGUUCAACUGCUUCUCCCUCAUCCUCACAUGUGUGACUGUCCUCUUUAGUUUUUUUUUUUAAAUUAUAAGUUGGAUGUUUUCUCAGACAUAAAAUGGCAGUUGGUCUUAUCACCACAUUAUAAUAUAUAUAUUUUUUAUUUGGCGAUA